AUGGAGCCACUACUAGGAGUAAAAAUUGGCUGCUUGUUGGCCCUCCUAGCUCUCACCCUGGGCUGUGGACUUAUUCCCAUUUGUUCCAAAUGGUUCCAGAUUGAGGCAGCUACAGGUCGUCACCGCCGGGUUCUCAGCCUCCUGGGCUGUGCUUCUGCCGGUGUUUUCCUGGGAGCAGGGUUCAUGCACAUGACUGCUGAAGCCCUGGAGGGAAUUGAAUCAGAGAUCCAGAAGUUCACAGUGCAGAACAAGACCGAGAAUGAGACGAAUUCUUCCUUUAGUGACAGUGACAGUUCAGCUCUGACAGAAUAUCCCUAUGGAGAGCUUGUCAUCUCCCUGGGCUUCUUCCUGGUCUUCCUCGUGGAGUCACUGGCGCUGCAGUGCUGCCCUGAGGCCACUGGAGAAUCUACCAAGAGGGAGGAGGAAUGGAAUGGAGUGCAUGGGCUUGCUUUCCACAGCCAUGCGCGAAGACCCGCACCUUCUCGGGGCCCUCUUCGAACCCUCAUCCUCUUGCUCUCGCUCUCCUUUCACUCAGUGUUUGAAGGCCUAGCCGUGGGCCUGCAGCCCACCAUAGCAGCCACUGUACAGCUUUGUCUCGCAGUCCUGGCUCACAAGGGGCUUGUGGCCUUCGGGGUGGGACUGCGACUGGUGCAGAUAGGCACCAAGCCAAGAUGGGCCGUGUUCUCCAUGCUGGCCUUAGCUCUCAUGUCUCCCCUAGGUCUUUCACUAGGACUGGCUGUGGUUGGAGGAGACUCCGGAGGGGCACAGGGUUUGGUUCAGGCCCUGUUAGAGGGUGUGGCAGCUGGCACUUUCCUCUAUGUCACCUUCCUAGAGAUUCUGCCCCAGGAAUUAGCUGAUCCAGAUGCCCCUCUGGUCAAAUGGGCCUGUGUAGCUGCUGGUUUUGCUUUCAUGGCCUUUAUUGCUUUAUGGGCCUGA